AUGACCGAAGCUGCUGCAAAAUCCAUUAAUUCUACAGCUGCGAUGGCGCUCAGACUCAUCGCCGCUAUCUGUCUUCUUCCGGCCACCAUAUCAGCCGCCGGCGGUGGUUCCAUUUUCCAUGCCAACUCCUCUGUUUUCGAUCAAUGGAGCUCAGAUAGCGUCGAUGAUUUUCACUUUAGAAAGGAUGAGAUUGCCAGAGGCAUCAACACGGGCAUUGACCUGCAGCUCCUUUGGGCUGAGAAAAACCUGCGGGUUGUAACUGUGAGGAAGAAUGGGCAGGGGGAUUUCGCAACAAUUUCUGAUGCAAUUGAAAGCAUACCUCAUAGGAACAGGCAAAGAGUUGUGAUCAGGAUUGGGCCAGGUGUUUACAGGGAGAAAGUGAAGAUUGAAAGUUCGAAACCAUUUGUGACAUUUUCAGGCGAGGAGAAUGCAAUGCCUACAAUAACUUAUGCCGGCACGGCGGCAGAGUAUGGCACUUUGGACAGUGCUUCUGUAAUUGUGGAAUCGCGUUAUUUUGUUGCGAGUAAUAUUAUUUUUCAGAAUUCAGCACCAAGGCCGGUUUUGGGAGUGAAAGGAGCUCAGGCGGUGGCGAUGAGGAUCUCUGGGGAUAAGGCAGCUUUUUACAGCUGCAAAUUCUUGGGAUAUCAAGACACCCUUUGCGAUGACAAAGGAAGACACUUGUUCAAGGAUUGUUUCAUUCAAGGGACUGUUGAUUUCAUAUUCGGUAAUGGAAGGUCUAUCUACCUGAACUGCGUGAUAAAAUCAGUGGCGGAUGGGAUCACUUACAUCACAGCACAGGCGAGAUCAACCAUUGCAGACAAGAGCGGCUUCGCUUUUGUCCACUGCAACGUAACCGGCACAGGUAGCGCAUAUCUGAGCAGGGCGUGGAAGAAGAGCUCAAGAGUAGUCUUUGCUUACACUUACAUGAACAGCGUGGUUAAUCCCCAAGGUUGGGAUGAUAGUGGCUUCAAGGAACGACAGGGGACUGUCUUCUACGGUGAAUACAAGUGUUUGGGGCCGGGCGCAUCUACGAGCAAAAGAGUCAGUUAUGUUAAGCUACUAACAGAUGAGCAGGCAAAGCCCUUCCUGAGCAUGACUUUUAUCAGGGGAAAGACUUGGGUUCUUCGGCAGCCUCAGCUUUAA